AUGGGAGACUGGAACCUGUUGGGCAGCAUCCUUGAAGAAGUGCACAUCCACUCCACCAUAGUUGGCAAAAUCUGGCUCACAAUCCUGUUCAUAUUCCGGAUGCUGGUGCUGGGAGUGGCUGCUGAAGAUGUCUGGGAUGAUGAGCAGUCUGAGUUCAUCUGCAACACAGAGCAACCUGGCUGCAGCAAUAUCUGUUAUGACAAGGCCUUCCCCAUCUCUUUGAUCAGAUACUGGGUACUGCAGAUCAUAUUUGUCUCUUCUCCAUCGCUAGUUUACAUGGGCCACGCGCUCUACAGGUUAAGGGCUCUUGAGAAAGAGCGACAGAAGAAGAAAGCCCACCUGCGGGCUCAGCUAGAAGACCUGGAGCCCAUGCAUGAGGAACACAGGAGAGUGGAGCGAGAACUGCGUAAGCUGGAGGAACAGAAGAAAGUGAAUAAGGCACCCCUGAGAGGGUCCCUGCUGCGCACCUAUGUCCUACAUAUCCUGACCCGGUCCAUGGUUGAAGUGGGCUUUAUGAUAGGUCAAUAUCUUUUAUAUGGGUUUCACAUGCCCCCCCUUUACAAAUGCACUCGCCCUCCUUGCCCUAACACAGUGGAUUGUUUUGUAUCCCGACCCACAGAGAAGACCAUCUUUAUGGUCUUCAUGAACAGCAUUGCUGCUGUCUCCCUGUUCCUCAACCUCCUAGAAAUC